CUGGCGAGGGGGCCGGGCGGGGCAGCCCAGAAGCGAGAAGCGGGAGGACAGCGUGCUCGCGCAUCCUGCGGCCUAGCGGCGAGGGGCGUCGUCUGCGCGCGCAACGGAGGGCAGUGCGCCGGCGCGGCGUGUCCGGUCUGCGAGCUCCGAGCGGGGUGCAGCGGGGCGGGGCCCGGCCCCUCCUGCGGCGGUGAGGGCAGGUGCGGCGGCCCGGGCGGUUAGGGCUCGGGGGCGGAGAGGAUGGAGCCCCCGAGGCGUUAGCUGACUGUCAGCUGUGGGCGUGCAGCCGUUGCUUCCUGGUGCGGCCCGUGUGAUGGUGCCGGGAGGAAGGAAGCGCCGUGACAGCGCCUUGGUCGGAGCCCGGGUUCCGUGGGUGAGGAGGCCCGGGGACGACGGAUCUGGCGAGCUGGCCGCUGGCUGGGCGAGCGGUCACAAUAGGAGGCAGCGGAUCGGCGAGGAGCCGCGGGAGCAGCUUCGCAGGGCGGAGCCUCCCCUCGCAGAUAUCUCCCGGGGCCAAUUCAGCACCUCUUCCUGGCCAUCCUAACAAGGUGAUUUGUGAAAGGGUGAGACUUCAGAGCCUGUUCCCUCUCCUCCCAAGUGAUCAGAACACUACCAUUCAAGAGGAUGCUCACUUCAAAGCUUUCUUCCAGAGUGAAGAUAGUCCGAGUCCCAAGAGACAGCGCCUCUCUCAUUCAGUCUUUGAUUAUACAUCAGCAUCACCAGCUCCCUCACCACCAAUGCGACCAUGGGAGAUGACAUCAAAUAGGCAGCCCCCUUCAGUUCGACCAAGCCAACAUCACUUCUCAGGGGAACGAUGCAACACACCUGCACGCAACAGAAGGAGUCCUCCUGUCAGGCGCCAGAGAGGAAGAAGGGAUCGUCUGUCUCGACAUAAUUCCAUUAGUCAAGAUGAAAACUAUCACCAUCUCCCUUAUGCACAGCAGCAAGCAAUAGAGGAACCUCGAGCCUUCCACCCUCCAAAUGUGUCUCCCCGUCUGUUACACCCUGCUGCUCAUCCACCCCAGCAGAAUGCAGUAAUGGUUGACAUACAUGAUCAGCUCCAUCAGGGCACCGUUCCCGUUUCUUACACAGUAACGACAGUGGCACCACAUGGAAUUCCACUCUGCACAGGCCAGCAUAUCCCUGCUUGCAGUACACAGCAGGUCCCAGGAUGCUCUGUGGUUUUCAGUGGACAGCACCUCCCCGUCUGUAGUGUGCCUCCUCCAAUGCUUCAAGCAUGUUCAGUUCAGCACUUACCAGUACCAUAUGCUGCAUUCCCACCCCUUAUUUCUAGUGAUCCAUUUCUCUUACAUCCUCCUCACCUUUCUCCCCAUCAUCCUCCUCAUUUGCCACCACCGGGCCAGUUUGUCCCUUUCCAAACACAGCAAUCACGAUCGCCUCUGCAAAGGAUAGAAAAUGAAGUGGAACUCUUAGGAGAACAUCUUCCAGUAGGAGGUUUUACUUACCCUCCAUCAGCCCACCCCCCAACCUUACCUCCGUCAGCUCCUCUGCAGUUCUUAGCACAUGAUCCUUUGCAUCAGGAGGUGUCCUUUGGAGUUCCUUAUCCUCCGUUUGUGCCUCGGAGGCUCACAGGACGUAAUAGAUAUCGAUCCCAGCAACCAAUGCCACCUCCCCCUUAUCAUCCCAGCUUACUACCAUAUGUGUUAUCAAUGCUCCCAGUGCCACCUGCAGUGGGCCCAACUUUCAGCUUUGAAUUGGAUGUGGAAGAUGGAGAAGUAGAAAAUUACGAGGCCCUUUUAAACCUGGCAGAGCGACUGGGAGAGGCUAAGCCUCGAGGGCUGACGAAAGCAGAUAUUGAACAGCUUCCUUCUUACCGCUUCAAUCCUAACAACCACCAGUCAGAACAGACUUUGUGUGUAGUGUGCAUGUGUGAUUUUGAGUCGAGGCAGCUACUUAGAGUUUUACCCUGUAACCACGAGUUCCAUGCCAAGUGUGUCGACAAAUGGCUCAAGGCAAAUCGUACUUGCCCAAUUUGCCGAGCUGAUGCUUCAGAAGUGCAUCGGGAUUCAGAAUGACCAACCUAAGAGCACAAAUUUAGUUUGGGUGUUCCUCAUCACCUGUAUAUAUGGACUAUCCAUUGAACUUAAUCUGUGUGGCUUCCAGCCCCCCCUUUACCAAAAGGGUCAACGGACCUUUCUUUGCACUGUGUGACUUAAUCAACUAUAAAAGCUUACAGUUAGUCUUCACAAUUAUGGGAUUGUUAUACUAACCGUGUGAUUGGAACUCCAAAGACUUUUUCUUUAGCUUAAUUUUGUGUGUGCACUAACAUUCCCUGGUUUUGUGUGAUCAUUCCGAGUGUUGCUGCAAGAUUACAGUGGACAUGAUCUUUUAGCAUGUGCUUUUAUAAAAAGUGGUAGCUCCAGAUGACAUAGCAAUCUACCUUAUAUAGAGCCUUCAGAAACUGUGAGUGGAAAUGAAUGCAGCGUAUGACUCUUGGUGAUAAAUGUAUCUGUGUGUGUGAGAGAGUGUGUGCAACUACUUGUGUGAGGGCAUGGUAGCUAAUGUGUGUAUGAGAUCCUAUAUACCAGCAUGUACCAAGAAUGUGUGUGUAGUUUUAAUUAUGCUGCAUUGUAUAAUCUGGUGUGUUAUUUAAACAGCACUAGUACUGUACACUGGUUUUUUCCUUGUGUUUGCUGUUGCACACUGAUUGCUAAGGGUGCAUCAAUUAUAAGCAUUGAAUACUCCAUCCCCUUCCCUCCCAAUGAAUGGAAUGAGAAAAGCCUUCUUCCUUUGCUUCAGGCAGCUGUCACCUUCUCUUCAUUGGUGGUCCCAAGAGGGUCACUUAGGAAAAAAAGUGUAACAGAGUCUCACUCCAUGAAACUGAUUUUUUUAUUUUGUUGUGAAAAAGAAAUUUUUAAAUCUUCAACUUGCUGUUUCCAAAAAGAAGGUGCAAUAUCAUACAUCAUCAGUUAGCAAUAUUAGCAUUUCAGUCAAUGAUUUGAAUGUUGAUACUUUCUUAGUUUUUUCUUUACAUUUCCAGUAAGCUUCUUAGAGGAAGUACUCUUGAUUUUGUGUGUGUGUUUUUAAAUUUGUGUUCUAUUCUGAAGAUAUUUGAGUAAUAUAUUUCUACGAAUACCGCUGGUCCCAUGAGGUCUCACCCCCUGACUUCCACCAGAACAAACUGUCAACUAACGCAGCUUGGCUUCUGCUCUGUGUCCUUUGUUCCAGCGCCCACAGACAACUAAAUCGUUUGAAGAAAACUGUAUUUCUCUUCGUGUUAAUUCACCUGCCAACCUCUGAUUCUGAAAGUUGUCUAGUCCUUCUUUCCUCAGUAAAUGUGCUUCUCAUCGAAACCCUCGUUUCCAGGAUGGAUCAAGUGCUGUGACCGCUCAAGUUUCUUAGACCUGAUGUGCUUUGAUGUUUUAUUGCUUUUCUUUUUAAUUUUUGUUUGAAUGAGAUAAAAUUUAAUAUAACAGGUGUCCAGAAUACUUGCAGUAUAAAUGAAGAUUUGAUUUUUGUAUAAAAAAUAAUGCUGUAAAACAGGAAUUGACCUUCAUUUAGUUGAUCUGAAAUAACACAUAGCUAUGUGGGGGUUUUUUUUGGAGCAUAAUUCAGAUUGUUUAAGGUCAUUUUUCCAGCAGUAUUUCAAUUCCUCUCUCAGUUUUUUGGUGUAUUCAACAUUCUCUGCCUCUCCUGCAGUUGAUGUCGUUGCUCUGUCUGCAGUAGCACAAGCUGCGGAAUUCCAGUCAGGACGGUGAUAACUUGCUGCAGCCUCACUCAGCUUUCAGUUGGCCUUCUGUCAGCCCUCUGCUCUGACAGUCAGCCACUUGUUACUGCCGUGCUGCUUGCCUGCCCCUGAAGUCUCUGUGAGCUCAUCACAGCUUAGAGUUCAGUAGUCAAUUCACACAGAAGCACAAUCUUGCCCUUCCCAGACACUGUUGGCUCUAUUUAGUCAUACGAAUAGGAUUUUGCAUACUUUUUGUUUGCCCCUAUAUUUGUCGGUGCAUCAGAAAAAUCUAAACAGUGGUGAAAUACACAUGUUACUUUUAAAUCUUUAGGAUAGCUCUCACUUGUUCCUGAUGAGUAAAAAAAAUAAUUUUGGUUAAAGACCAAAAUUAUUGGCAUAAUAAUCAGCUACAUUACAAAUCACGUAUAGUUUAAUCUGUAUUUUUUUAAAUUAAAAAAUCAUGUUUAAAAUGGCAAAAACCCAUCUUAUACAUAGGCUCUUUUAUAUAGUUGCAAAAAAUUUAUAUCUGUACAGAUCUAACAUAACACUACUACACUCAGUAUUCAUUUUAUUGAAGCAUGCAAGUACAGCACUUUCUCUAAUUUAUAUAGAUACCUAAUUAGUAAGGCACAUUUUACUAAUGACUAGGAAGAGUAGCUCUUUCUUCCCUCCCUCUGACAUUGAGUUCUAGACAUAGUAUCCCUUUUCCAGUAAAUUUUUGAGAGGCAGUGGGCAGUUUAGGAGGCAGCAGGGUCUAUUUUGGUGAAAUCUUGAAUGAAUUGUUGCACUCCUGUGACUGAUCUCUUUGGAACGUCUUUUCUUUGCCUGGGGCUCUUAGAGAUGUGUGCAGACUUGCUCAUUAAGUGGUUAGUACGUAUUAGGAGCACACAUGCCUGUGUUCUGAACAGCUCAGCCUAACCACAGUGAGCAACUUGUGGCUAGCAGAAGAGAAAGAACAUUUGAUUCGUGCCCGACUCUUGUCACCUGGGUGAUGCACCAGAUAGCAGGCAGAUGCUGGUUUGUUGCCUUCUUCCUCUUUCCUCCUAGAAUAAUAUCGACUUUACCAUCUUAACUCUGCUGUGGGGUUUGUUUAGGGGAGGGGGUUGCAUGGAUUAUUAUCUUUGAUUUUUCUUUUUUAGCCACUCCCCCCCCCCCCCCAGCAAAAAAAGAACAAAACAAAAAACAAGUCCAGGCCUCCAGGUAUCCAGAUCUCAUUAGAAUUUUUCUGUCCUGAAUUUUUUUGAGCAAAAUCUAGAAAAUGUGAAAGCAUAUUUAGAUUUUAUAUACUCUCUGAAAUGUGAUUUGUUAAGAUUGUUAAAUUUGGGCCUCUUACAAUAUAUUGAAUGAGAUCUAUCAACUCACUUAUGACAACAUUUUUCACAGAUAUCUUUAGGCCUUCAUUAGAAAGCGAUUUCCCCCUGUUGGUAUAUUUGGUUACCUCAUUUUGCUGUUUGUUUCAAAUUAUGAAAGCUCACAGGGGUGUUUUUUGGAAUCAUUUGCUGAGUCAUUUCCUCAAAUCAUAUUCCAUUGUAUCAGUUAACAUAUAGUUUUAAAUGUACGUAUUAUAAAUAUCUGUAACCAAAUCAUUUGAAGGCUUGAUAAAUUUUUAACAAAGUUUGUACAUUUUUUAUGAAAGUUACUAGUAAUGCUUUACAAAGUAGUGCAAUGAAUUUUUAUUUUUAAUCCCUGUGCCCAAUUUUGGAGUUGAGAGGGUUGUUGGUAAUAAAUGUAUGAUGUACACUUAAAACA